AUGGGAGUGUGUCUUUAUAGAUACCGUAUCAUUCCCGCCCAUAUCUACAUAUCGCUCUGUGUCCUCUCUUGGGGCAUCCUAGCUUCAUUACAAUCGGUCUCAAUCUCAUUUACAUCGCUCCUCAUUCUUCGCUUUCUACUCGGCGUGUCGGAAGCGGCUUUCGGGCCUGGCGUUCCUUACUACCUGUCAUUUUUCUACCGUCGGGACGAAUUGGCUUUUCGUACCGGCCUGUUCAUCUCAGCGGCACCUCUAGCCAGUUCCUUUACGAGUAGUCUAGCCUGGCUCAUUACUGAAUUCGCUGAGGGCGGCCCUAUCGCUCCGUGGAGGUUGUUAUUCCUAGCUGAAGGGUUUCCAAGUGUGGUAGCUGCAAUUGUAGCUUGGGAAUGUGUGCCCGAUGGGCUGGAUACGGCGAUGUUCUUGAAUCAUAGAGAGCGCGAAGUAGCCAUGCUGCGUGUGCAAGAGCAGAAUGAAGAUGCAGACGAGAAGGGUGCAAAGCAUGAAAAUAAGUAUUCGGAUAACUAUAGGCGAGGGAAACUGAUUUGGAGAGAGAUUGGAAGCGCGCUUGCGGAUCCAAAAACCUAUACGACUGCGGUCAUGUUUUUUUCGGCAAAUGUUGCUUUUUCCUCCAUGCCAGUAUUUCUGCCAACAAUAAUUCGAGAAAUGGGACACACAACUUUUGCGUCUCAAGCGCUCUCCGCGCCGCCAUACCUCCUCUCUUUUGUUACCGUCCUUCUUACCGCCCACCUCUCUGACAAGCACCGUCUGCGUUCGCCUUAUAUACUCUUGCACUCCUUGUUAGCUGCUUCGGGGUAUCUGCUGAUUGCGUUGGCGGGUCAUUUCCACUGGGCACCAACCCUGCGAUACAUCGGUGUUUAUCCUGCAUGCGUGGGUUUCUUCAGUGUUAUAACAUUGAUCAUCACAUGGACGCUAAACAAUCAACAAGGCGAGUCAGCUAAAGGUACAGGAAUGGUGAUCCUAGGGCUCAUAGGACGAUGUGGGCCACUAUUAGGCAUAAGACUAUACCCCAAAGCGGAAGGCCCGGAGUAUGUGAAGGGAAUGAGCAUAUGUGCUGUAUUCAUGGCUGGUGUUGGGAUACUCGCCGUCUGUCUGGCUCUUGCAUUGAGGAGCUCUAACUUGCGAGCACAGAAACAAUGGGCUCAAGAUGGAGGACAGCAAAGUGGAAGGAGACAACCAUUUACAUUCAUUCUGUGA